AUGUCGACUAGGCUUCUCUCCCAAAACUCGUUAGAGGCCGUGGCUGCCUUUUUAGACUCUGAUCAGUGCAACGGACGCGUCUUCGUUCUCGCGUGUCAAAUCACCACAAUUCGCAUUCUCCCAACUGAGUCCCAACAGGUCUCUCGACAUCAGCAGGAAUCCCAGAUUUCCGCUCGCCCGGAACAGGUCUCUAUGUGCGUUUCCCCCACGGUCCCUACGUCGGAUUUCUCUCAUGUCCCUCCGAACCCUCAGGCAAACCUCGCGAAGCUCAAUCUUCCUUAUCCUGAAGCCGUUUUCGACAUUCACUACUUUAGAGACAAUCCACAACCCUUCUACACCCUUGCCUCUUCGAUAGCCCCAGGCAACUUCAAACCAACCCCGGGCCACGCAUUUCUUGUCCUCCUCCACCAGAAGCGCAAACUACACACCGUGUUUACACAGAAUAUUGACACUCUCGAACGCCUCGCCGGUGUUCCGCCUUCGAAGAUCGUCGAGGCGCAUGGGAGUUUUGCCAAUGCACAUUGUAUCGACUGUCAAGAAGAAUACGAUGAGGGUCGCUCGGCAUUGGACGAACACGGCAAGAUGCGCGCUCAUAUUGGCCAAGCAAAAGUUCCCACUUGCGAAGAAUGCGGUGGCCUCGUCAAGCCGGACAUCGUCUUCUUUGGAGAGAGCCUCCCCGCCGAAUUCAUGAUGGCCAUCCCGGCGUUGCGGACAGAGGCCGCACUCGUGAUCAUUAUGGGGACGUCGCUCAAGGUCCACCCCUUUGCAAUGCUUCCCAACCUCGUGCCACGCACGGGGUGCGUUCGAUUGCUGCUCAAUUUGGAACCUGCUGGAAACAUUGGCGCAUUCGUUCCACGAGUUCCUGCCACUCCUAGCUCUGAUCACGGGGCUUCUCGUGAAAAGGGAGCAAACGACAAUGUUUCCACUCACGCGGGUCAACCAUCGCGCGCAGAAGUCGGUGGGGGCCAGACACCUUUGGUGCAAAGUACCCAGGAGAGCGGCGAGACAUCUAAUCCCGACCAAAAGCGUUCUCACCCUGGAUCACCUGUCAAUUUGGCAAAAGGUUCAGACGACAAGCAAGAGGAGGAUGCUUUAGGUUCUAAUUCAAACGUCGCAAACGAAGAUGAAGAUCACGAGGAACAACCCCCUCCUUCUGCUGGACAAAGCGAAGGCGAAGAGUCUGAAGACUAUGAAGAUGAAGAAGAUUCAGAUGAUCACGUGGAGCUACCUGAAGGGGAAGAACCACCGUGGCUGGAUGAUGUGGUGGCACUUGGCGACUGCGACGCGUCUGUUCGGCGGCUCUGUGACUUGCUAGGCUGGCGAGAGGAUUUAGAGCGGAUCGUCGACGCGUUUCACCGCACAACCCCAGCUUCUGAAAUACAUCUGUCGGCCCAGGCGCAUGUCGCGACCGCCACGACCAACUCUGCACUCUCGGCAGAUUCCGAGGCCCAUGGACGGGCUCCAUCGAACACUACUAGUGGUGCUCCUGUCAGUAUAGAUGAUAAUACACCAGGCCAGGGCCCACGGUCUCUGACCAAAACUCCACCGGCGAGUACAAGGCAGGAUAUACACCAGCCAAGGACGGAGGUGCAAUCGGAGCUCGACCCGUCUGGUCCAGAGGGAAGAGGGGCGAGUGCGAGUCUGAAAAUCAAGGCCGUGGUGGAUGAAAAAGGGAAUACUCUCACGCACACGGAGAAACCGAUUAGCGGUGUAUCCGGUGUUAGUGGCGCGGGGGACGACGACGACGGGGAAACGAGGCGUAUACGAGGGGCGGCGGCGGCAGGUGUCGGGCACUCUGAACGCAGUGGUGUGGGCAACGCCGAGGCGGAUACGGAUAAACUGGGUAGUAUGAACGCCGAAGGUUGGGCGAGAGGGGUCGGCGAAAUCCCUUUGGGGGUCGGAUCUGUCGCGGGCGAGGAUAGAGCGAGGAUGCGGCUCGACUCCUUCAACGACGCUGCUGAUGGUAGUGGUGGUGGAGAUGAAGUUCGUGGCGACCAAUUGGGAGAUACGCCUACCAAGUAUGCGUCGGGGGAGGUCGCUACUCCCUCAAGCGUUCAAGGGGCUAUGACGACGAUGGAAGGAAAGGAUAUGCGUGAACAUCACCCGGUAGAUUUGACGAUGGAGAAGAUUAUCAAGGACAUGAAAGAUGUUCUCUAG